UAGGCUCGCUGCUACUUCAGCCUCCCGCGUUCAAGCAAUUCUCCCACUUCGGCCUCCCCAGUAGCUGGGAUUACAGGCGCGCGCCACCACGCCCGGUUAAUUUUUGUAUUUUUAGUAGUGACGGGGUUUCUCCAUGUUCGUCAGGCUGGUCUCGAACUCCUGACCUUAAGUGAUGGGCCCGCCUCGGCCUCCCAAAGUGCUGGGAUUACAAGCGUGACACACUGCGUCCGGUCGGGCCUUGCUUUUCUAAAGGAAAGUAUGCGUGCGGUUACGAGGAACCGUCGUUUCCCCAGCAGGGUGAGGCUGAGUGUGCACUUAACAGUCGCGAAGGCCACAGGCUCCUCUUGCAAGUAACUUAAGGUUAAUGAGCAACAUCGUGGACAAAUCGGCCUCGCCCGGAAUUUCAGUGAGGGCUUGGUGCGAAUUCCAGCCAGAGUCCUAGAAAGUAAUCUUGGGCAGGUCGAAAUGCACCCCUCCGGCUCCCAGCCCCGAGGGAACCCGGCUUCCCUCUACGUAGCUCCGGCCGGAGGAGGCCGCCGCCGCCCCGCCACGCCGCGGAGGGGUUGCAGGGUCCCUUCCACGGCCUGGCGUUUUUCUUUUUCCCACGCCUGGGGAAGGCCUCGGGCGCGCGAAACAGACGGGCUCGCGGGGGGCGCACAAGCCCAGGACACGAUGGCAGCCGCGCUGGAUCCGGCUGGGCGCUGCCCGGCCCCGUAUCCGUCCGAGAAGACCGCCGCUGCCAGGCCUAGACGAGACGUGAUGAGACCGGGCGCGGCGCGACCCAGGAAGCUCCGCCGAGGUUGUUUCCUAGAAACAUGAUUGUUUAUUGGCGUUGAUCUCACAGUCUGGUGAGGACUUCUUUACUGAUAAUGUCAAGUUCAGGUUAUCCUCCCAACCAAGGAGCAUUCAGCACAGAACAAAGUCGUUAUCCUCCUCACUCUGUCCAGUAUACAUUUCCCAGCACCCGCCACCAGCAGGAGUUCGCAGUCCCUGAUUAUCGUUCCUCUCAUCUUGAAGUGAGUCAGGCAUCACAGCUUUUGCAGCAACAGCAGCAGCAACAGCUUCGAAGGCGACCUUCCUUGCUUUCAGAAUUUCACCCAGGUUCUGACAGGCCUCAAGAAAGGAGAACUAGUUAUGAACCGUUUCAUCCAGGCCCAUCCCCAGUGGAUCAUGAUUCACUGGAAUCGAAGCGACCACGUCUGGAACAGGUUUCUGAUUCUCAUUUUCAGCGUGUCAGUGCUGCGGUUUUGCCUUUAGUGCACCCACUGCCAGAAGGGCUGAGGGCUUCUGCAGAUGCUAAGAAGGAUCCAGCAUUCGGAGGCAAACAUGAAGCUCCAUCCUCUCCAAUUUCGGGGCAACCAUGUGGAGAUGAUCAAAAUGCUUCACCUUCAAAACUUUCAAAGGAAGAGUUAAUACAGAGUAUGGAUCGUGUAGAUCGAGAAAUUGCAAAAGUAGAACAGCAGAUCCUUAAACUGAAAAAGAAACAACAACAGCUUGAAGAAGAGGCAGCUAAACCUCCUGAGCCUGAGAAGCCUGUGUCCCCUCCUCCUGUGGAGCAGAAACACCGCAGUAUUGUCCAAAUUAUUUAUGAUGAGAAUCGGAAAAAAGCAGAAGAAGCUCAUAAAAUUUUUGAAGGUCUUGGCCCAAAAGUUGAACUGCCACUCUAUAACCAGCCAUCAGAUACCAAGGUGUACCAUGAGAACAUCAAGACUGGAGUACCUGCAAGGCGCAUGAUGAAAAACCAGGUGAUGAGGAAAAAACUCAUUUUAUUUUUUAAAAGAAGAAAUCAUGCAAGAAAACAAAGGGAACAAAAAAUCUGCCAGCGUUAUGAUCAGCUCAUGGAGGCAUGGGAGAAAAAAGUGGACAGAAUAGAAAAUAAUCCUCGGAGGAAAGCUAAAGAAAGCAAAACAAGGGAAUACUAUGAAAAGCAGUUUCCAGAAAUUCGAAAACAAAGAGAACAGCAAGAAAGAUUUCAGCGAGUUGGGCAGAGGGGAGCUGGUCUUUCAGCCACCAUUGCUAGGAGUGAGCAUGAGAUUUCUGAAAUUAUUGAUGGGCUCUCUGAGCAGGAGAAUAAUGAGAAACAAAUGCGGCAGCUCUCUGUGAUUCCACCUAUGAUGUUUGAUGCAGAACAAAGACGAGUCAAGUUCAUUAACAUGAAUGGGCUUAUGGAGGACCCUAUGAAAGUUUAUAAAGAUAGGCAGUUUAUGAAUGUUUGGACUGACCAUGAAAAGGAGAUCUUUAAGGACAAGUUUAUCCAGCAUCCAAAAAACUUUGGACUAAUUGCAUCAUACUUGGAGAGGAAGAGUGUCCCUGAUUGUGUUUUAUAUUACUAUUUAACCAAGAAAAAUGAGAAUUAUAAAGCCCUAGUCAGAAGGAAUUAUGGGAAACGCAGAGGCAGAAACCAGCAGCAAAUUGCUCGACCCUCACAAGAAGAAAAAGUAGAAGAAAAAGAAGAGGAUAAAGCAGAAAAAACAGAAAAAAAAGAAGAAGAAAAGAAAGAUGAAGAAGAAAAAGAUGAAAAAGAAGACUCCAAAGAAAAUACCAAGGAAAAGGACAAGAUGGAUGGUAUAGCAGAAGAAACUGAGGAAAGAGAGCAAGCCACACCCCGGGGGCGAAAGACUGCCAACAGUCAGGGCCGCCGUAAGGGCCGGAUCACUAGGUCCAUGACAAACGAAGCUGCAGCUGCCAGUGCUGCAGCCGCAGCGGCCACUGAAGAGCCCCCACCACCUCUGCCACCGCCACCAGAACCCAUUUCUACAGAGCCUGUGGAGACCUCUCGAUGGACAGAAGAAGAAAUGGAAGUUGCUAAAAAAGGUCUAGUAGAACAUGGUCGUAACUGGGCAGCAAUUGCUAAAAUGGUGGGAACGAAAAGUGAAGCUCAAUGUAAAAACUUCUAUUUUAACUAUAAAAGGCGACACAAUCUUGACAACCUCUUACAGCAGCAUAAACAGAAAACUUCACGAAAACCUCGUGAAGAGCGAGAUGUGUCUCAAUGUGAAAGUGUCGCUUCCACUGUUUCUGCUCAGGAGGAUGAAGAUAUUGAAGCCUCCAAUGAAGAAGAAAAUCCAGAAGACAGCGAAGGUGCAGAAAAUAGUUCUGAUACAGAAAGUGCUCCUUCUCCUUCACCAGUUGAAGCUGUCAAGCCCAGCGAGGACAGUCCUGAAAAUGCUACUUCUCGAGGAAACACAGAACCUGCGGUUGAGCUUGAGCCCACCACGGAAACUGCACCCAGUACAUCUCCCUCCUCAGCAGUUCCAAGUACAAAACCAGCUGAAGAUGAAAGUGUGGAGACCCAGGUGAAUGACAGCAUCAGUGCUGAGACAGCAGAGCAGAUGGACGUAGAUCAGCAGGAGCACAGUGCCGAAGGGGGUUCUGUUUGUGAUCCCCCACCCACUACCAAAGCUGACUCUGUGGAUGUUGAAGUGAGGGUGCCAGAAAACCAUGCAUCUAAAGUUGAAGGUGAUAAUACCAAAGAAAGAGACUUGGAUAGAGCCAGUGAGAAGGUGGAACCUAGAGAUGAAGAUUUGGUGGUAGCUCAGCAAAUAAAUGCCCAAAGGCCCGAGCCCCAGUCAGACAAUGAUUCCAGUGCCACGUGCAGCGCUGAUGAGGAUGUGGAUGGAGAGCCAGAGAGGCAGAGAAUGUUUCCUAUGGACUCAAAGCCUUCACUGUUAAACCCUGCUGGAUCUAUACUAGUCUCAUCCCCAUUAAAACCAAAUCCACUGGAUCUGCCACAGCUUCAGCAUCGAGCUGCUGUUAUCCCACCAAUGGUAUCCUGCACCCCAUGUAACAUACCAAUUGGAACCCCAGUGAGUGGCUAUGCUCUCUAUCAGCGACACAUUAAAGCAAUGCAUGAGUCAGCACUCCUGGAGGAGCAGCGGCAGAGACAAGAACAGAUAGAUUUGGAAUGUAGAAGUUCUACAAGUCCAUGUGGCACAUCCAAGAGUCCAAACAGAGAGUGGGAAGUCCUUCAGCCUGCUCCACAUCAAGUGAUAACUAAUCUCCCUGAAGGCGUUCGGCUUCCGACAACUCGACCAACCAGGCCGCCGCCCCCUCUCAUCCCGUCAUCCAAAACCACAGUGGCUUCAGAAAAACCAUCUUUUAUAAUGGGAGGCUCCAUCUCACAGGGAACACCAGGCACUUAUUUGACUUCUCAUAAUCAAGCUUCCUACCCUCAAGAAACACCCAAGCCCUCAGUGGGAUCUAUCUCUCUUGGACUGCCACGGCAACAGGAAUCUGCCAAAUCAGCUACUUUGCCCUACAUCAAGCAGGAAGAAUUUUCUCCCCGAAGCCAAAACUCACAACCUGAGGGUCUGUUGGUCAGGGCCCAACAUGAAGGUGUAGUCAGAGGUACUGCAGGAGCCAUACAAGAAGGAAGUAUAACUCGGGGAACUCCAACCAGCAAAAUUUCAGUGGAGAACAUUCCAUCCCUACGGGGCUCUAUCACUCAGGGCACCCCGGCUCUGCCCCAGACUGGCAUACCAACAGAGGCUUUGGUGAAGGGGUCCAUUUCUAGAAUGCCCAUUGAAGACAGCAGUCCUGAGAAAGGCAGAGAGGAAGCUGCAUCCAAAGGCCAUGUUAUUUAUGAAGGCAAAAGUGGACAUAUCUUGUCAUAUGAUAAUAUUAAGAAUGCCCGAGAAGGGACUAGGAGUCCAAGAACAGCUCAUGAAAUCAGUUUAAAGAGAAGCUAUGAAUCAGUGGAAGGAAAUAUAAAGCAAGGGAUGUCAAUGAGGGAGUCUCCUGUAUCAGCACCGUUAGAGGGGCUGAUAUGCCGAGCAUUACCCAGGGGGAGUCCUCAUUCUGACCUCAAAGAAAGGACUGUAUUGUCUGGCUCCAUAAUGCAGGGGACACCAAGAGCAACAACUGAAAGCUUUGAAGAUGGCCUUAAAUAUCCCAAACAAAUUAAAAGGGAAAGUCCUCCCAUACGAGCAUUUGAAGGUGCCAUUACCAAAGGAAAACCGUAUGAUGGCAUCACCACCAUCAAAGAAAUGGGGCGUUCCAUUCAUGAGAUUCCAAGGCAAGAUAUUUUAACUCAGGAAAGUCGGAAAACUCCAGAAGUGGUCCAGAGCACACGGCCGAUAAUUGAGGGUUCCAUUUCCCAGGGCACACCAAUAAAGUUUGACAACAACUCAGGUCAAUCUGCCAUCAAACACAAUGUCAAAUCCUUAAUCACGGGGCCUAGCAAACUAUCCCGUGGAAUGCCUCCGCUGGAAAUUGUACCAGAGAACAUAAAAGUGGUAGAACGGGGAAAAUAUGAGGAUGUGAAAGCAGGCGAGACCGUGCGUUCCCGGCACACGUCAGUGGUAAGCUCUGGCCCCUCCGUUCUUAGGUCCACACUGCAUGAAGCUCCCAAAGCACAACUGAGCCCUGGGAUUUACGAUGACACCAGUGCACGGAGGACCCCUGUGAGUUAUCAAAACACCAUGUCCAGAGGCUCACCCAUGAUGAACAGAACUUCUGAUGUUACAAUUCCUUCUAACAAGUCUACCAAUCAUGAAAGGAAAUCGACACUGACCCCUACCCAGAGGGAAAGUAUCCCAGCGAAGUCUCCAGUGCCUGGGGUGGACCCUGUCGUGAGCCACAGUCCGUUUGAUCCCCAUCACAGAGGCAGCACUGCAGGAGAGGUUUAUCGGAGCCACCUGCCCACGCACUUGGAUCCAGCCAUGCCUUUUCACAGGGCUUUGGAUCCUGCAGCAGCUGCUUACCUGUUUCAGAGACAGCUUUCACCAACUCCAGGUUACCCAAGUCAGUAUCAGCUUUACGCAAUGGAGAACACAAGACAGACAAUCUUAAAUGAUUACAUUACCUCACAACAGAUGCAAGUGAACUUGCGUCCAGAUGUGGCCAGAGGACUCUCCCCAAGAGAGCAGCCACUGGGUCUCCCAUACCCAGCAACGAGAGGAAUCAUUGACCUGACCAAUAUGCCUCCAACAAUUUUAGUGCCUCAUCCAGGGGGAACAAGCACUCCUCCCAUGGACAGAAUCACUUAUAUUCCUGGUACACAGAUUACUUUCCCUCCCAGGCCGUACAACUCUGCUUCCAUGUCUCCAGGACACCCAACACACCUUGCAGCUGCUGCAAGUGCUGAGAGGGAACGGGAACGGGAGCGGGAGCGGGAGAAGGAGCGGGAGCGGGAACGGAUUGCUGCGGCUUCCUCCGACCUCUACCUGCGGCCAGGCUCAGAACAGCCUGGCCGACCUGGCAGUCAUGGAUAUGUUCGCUCACCUUCCCCUUCAGUAAGAACUCAGGAGACCAUGUUGCAACAGAGACCCAGUGUUUUCCAAGGAACCAAUGGAACCAGUGUAAUCACACCUUUGGAUCCAACUGCUCAGCUACGAAUCAUGCCACUGCCUGCUGGGGGCCCUUCAAUAAGCCAAGGCCUGCCAGCCUCCCGUUACAACACUGCUGCGGAUGCCCUGGCUGCUCUUGUGGAUGCUGCAGCUUCUGCACCCCAGAUGGAUGUGUCCAAAACAAAAGAGAGUAAGCAUGAAGCUGCCAGGUUAGAAGAAAAUUUGAGAAGCAGGUCAGCAGCAGUUAGUGAACAGCAGCAGCUAGAGCAGAAAACCCUGGAGGUGGAGAAGAGAUCUGUUCAGUGUUUAUACACUUCUUCAGCCUUUCCAAGUGGCAAGCCCCAGCCUCAUUCUUCAGUAGUUUAUUCUGAGGCUGGGAAAGAUAAAGGGCCUCCUCCAAAAUCCAGAUAUGAGGAAGAGCUAAGGACCCGAGGGAAGACUACCAUUACUGCAGCUAACUUCAUAGACGUGAUCAUCACCCGGCAAAUUGCCUCGGACAAGGAUGCGAGGGAACGUGGCUCUCAAAGUUCAGACUCUUCUAGUAGCUUAUCUUCUCACAGGUAUGAAACACCUAGCGAUGCUAUUGAGGUGAUAAGUCCUGCCAGCUCACCUGCGCCACCCCAGGAAAAACUGCAGACCUAUCAGCCAGAGGUUGUUAAGGCAAAUCAAGCCGAAAAUGAUCCUACCAGACAAUAUGAAGGACCAUUACAUCACUAUCGACCACAGCAGGAAUCACCAUCUCCCCAACAACAGCUGCCCCCUUCUUCACAGGCAGAGGGAAUGGGGCAAGUGCCCAGGACCCAUCGGCUGAUCACACUUGCUGAUCACAUCUGUCAAAUUAUCACACAAGAUUUUGCUAGAAAUCAAGUUUCCUCGCAGACUCCCCAGCAGCCUCCUACUUCUACAUUCCAGAACUCACCAUCUGCUUUGGUGUCUACACCUGUGAGGACUAAAACAUCAAACCGUUACAGCCCAGAAUCCCAGGCUCAGUCUGUCCAUCAUCAAAGACCAGGUUCAAGGGUCUCUCCAGAAAAUCUUGUGGACAAAUCCAGGGGAAGUAGGCCUGGAAAAUCCCCAGAGAGGAGUCACGUCUCUUCGGAGCCCUACGAGCCCAUCUCCCCACCCCAGGUUCCGGUUGUGCAUGAGAAACAGGACAGCUUGCUGCUCUUGUCUCAGAGGGGCGCAGAGCCUGCAGAGCAGAGGAAUGAUGCCCGCUCACCAGGGAGUAUAAGCUACUUGCCUUCAUUCUUCACCAAGCUUGAAAAUACAUCACCCAUGGUUAAAUCAAAGAAGCAGGAGAUUUUUCGUAAGUUGAACUCCUCUGGUGGAGGUGACUCUGAUAUGGCAGCUGCUCAGCCAGGAACUGAGAUCUUUAAUCUGCCAGCAGUUACUACAUCAGGCUCAGUUAGCUCUAGAGGCCAUUCUUUUGCUGAUCCUGCCAGUAAUCUCGGGCUGGAAGACAUUAUCAGGAAGGCUCUCAUGGGAAGCUUUGAUGACAAAGUUGAGGAUCAUGGAGUUGUCAUGUCCCAGCCUAUGGGAGUAGUGCCUGGUACUGCCAACACCUCAGUUGUGACCAGUGGUGAGACACGGAGAGAGGAAGGGGACCCAUCACCUCAUUCAGGAGGAGUUUGCAAACCAAAGCUGAUCAGCAAGUCGAACAGCAGGAAAUCUAAAUCUCCUAUUCCUGGGCAAGGCUACUUAGGAACCGAACGGCCCUCUUCAGUCUCCUCUGUACAUUCAGAAGGGGAUUACCAUAGGCAGACGCCAGGGUGGGCCUGGGAAGACAGGCCCUCUUCAACAGGCUCAACUCAGUUUCCUUAUAACCCUCUGACUAUGCGGAUGCUCAGCAGUACUCCACCAACACCGAUUGCAUGUGCUCCCUCUGCUGUGAACCAAGCAGCUCCUCACCAACAGAACAGGAUCUGGGAGCGAGAGCCUGCCCCACUGCUCUCAGCACAGUACGAGACCCUGUCGGAUAGUGAUGACUGAACUGCACAAAGUGAGGGGAACAGGGUGCAGGAGAGGGAUCUCUAGUUUUUGUGGUUUAAUUUUUAGUAGCAGGUCAAAAACCUGCCCUCCUAUGACUUAUUCCCUGAGACUUUUCAGGAGAGCCAGCCCACAGAUGAUGAAGAAAUGAUGGAAAUUCAUUUGGAGAGUCAAAUGGGAAAAAAACAAACAAAAAACUGCCUUUGAUACAGGCAAUUCAGUGGACUAUAAUAAUAGCGGAGGGUUGAGAUGUAGAGUUUUUAAAAAGUGGACAGUUGCUGUUCUUACAUCUGUUUGUAAAGAAAACCAUAAUGUCUUUAAAUCACUCUUCUGUAAAUAGAUGACCUUUUUGCAGUGUAUAUCCCCUUGCUGUAGUAUCUGGUGUACUUAUGUUCAAAUCAGCGCAUCAACUUUGGGGGUGAUUUUUAAAAAUCUUUUUGUCUAUCUUUUUAACCCUAGCCUUCUAAACAACCUCAUACAGCCCAGUUACAUAAUGUUGGCUGUCACGGGCAUUGUACUUUUAUCUGAUUUUGUUUCCUCUAAAUUCAGCUUUCCAGUGAUGUUUAAAAUCUUGUGAACAUGUUUAGAUUUUUAACACAGACCCUGUCAUAAAAUCUGUACAUUAGGGUCAAAAGGUAAAAGUAACAAAUUCUGCCAUAUUGUAAAUUUCCAGUGCAGGCUUUAAUUUUUUUUUUUUUUCAUUAGUAGCACUGAAAAAAUAUUACUGCAUGGGUAUGUUCUAGUUCAGUUUAUAAAGUUUUAAAGGCUUAUUUGAGGCAUACCUCACUGUUAUGCACACUGGUAAUUUAACCAUGCCCCUAAGUAUUCCUUUUCUCCUGCAUUUGAUGCAGCCCAACAAAGCUUUUGUUUUGAAAUAAAUUUGACUACCCUGUC